AUGGGAGCAAAGCCCACUUACGUCGCGCACUUCGACGAGCUUCCCGAGAUCUGCCCCGCAGGAAAAAACGGCGCCGCCCCUUCUCCGUUAACCUCCACCGCACUGGAUUCCUCGCCGUCGUGCGCCACCGCCGUUCUCCUAUCCGCCUCCACCAAAAGCUGCCGGCCCUGUCACCCCUGCUCAUAACCGUCUCGAGAGGACUCCUUCCUGGGCGCAGCGGCCUGUCCUCCGGAAGCGGAUCGAAGGCGGCGAACGAGCGGGGGAAAGCGGCGGCCGGAGGAGAUGCUCAAGUUUCUGUCCAGGGUGGUGGUGGAGUACAACCCUCUCGACCCGCGCAAGGCGGCGGCCGUGGAGCUCCUGGCGCAGUGCAACGGCCGCAAGGCCAAGGACUCCAACCCCACCUGCUCCGUCGAGCUGCGGCGCCUGCCGUCCCCGGCCGCGGCCGACGACCCCAAGGCCCAGCCGCCCCCGCGCGUCCUCGUCACCUACCUCAACGGCGCCGAGGAGGCCUUCGUCGCCGCCGACGGCGCCACCGCGCAGGGCAUGCGCGACCAGAUCCUCGCCCGCGGCCGCCUCCUCGAGACCGAGCAGCUCUUCCGCGAGGCCGGGGAGAAGUGGCCCGUCGUCAUCCCCGAGGAGGAGCUCGGCAUGUCAUUCCCUGGGAUCAAGCCAAAGAAGGCCGAGGAGAAGCCCCAGGCUGCUUGAUCCAGGCAGAGCUCAUUCAGUCUCUUGUGGUUAACUAGCAACUAGCAGAACAUGUGUUGUCCCAUAAAAUGUAGUACCAUCAUGCUACCAAAGAAAACUUACCGCAUUUCGGGAACUUGUCUUCAUUGGCUAGUUGUACGUUCAGCCUGAUGGUUAUUGGUUUCGCUGAAA